AUGCCAGAUUGGAAAAAUCUUUUAGGCAUUGACAAAAAGCACGAAAAAAAACCGAAUAAAGAUACUUUCGAUAAUAUUACUCACGAAAAUACACCACCUCCUAAAAAGACCAAUAAUAACAAUGAAGGUGGUAACCUUGUGACCGUAGUGAAAACGAUAACAACAACAGAUGCAAAUGGAAACAAGACUACAAAAACAAUCACUUAUACGACAACAGAACCAGUUGAUUCGUUUGAACCCGAGACGAUUACAUUCGAACAUCCACCUUUGGAAGAUGGUGUUUCAAUUGAAAAUUUACUCGAUCAAGAACUCAAACAUCAUCCUCAUAAUGAAGAUGAUAAAGAAAAUAUUUUACCCGUUGUUGAAACUCAUCCGAAACACCAUAAUCAUGAAGAGAAAUCCAAAAUUUCACAAAUCGUGACAAAGGAUUUUGUGGAACAUUAUAACGCAGCUGAGCAUGACUAUUCAAAAGUUGAUCACCAUGCACGAACUACUCCAAGCUCAAAAACGAAGGACGUUCCGACAUUAUCUCAUCAUCUCACUUCACCAUUUAAAGAAACAGAUGAGAAAUUACGUGCUAUAUUCACUUGGAUCGCUGAAAAUAUUGUUUAUGAUGUCGAUGCAUUAUUCUCUGGAAAUAUUCAUCACAUGGACGCAACCCAAGUAUUACAUAAACGACUGGCG